UGCAAGGCCGAUAUCACCUUCUUGCUCAACCCAUCCGGCCAGGUGGAUAGCACCGCGGAAACGCCGUGCUCGAGGCCCGACCACGCCGACCUCGAGUUGACAGGGACCUCCUCGCCACCAAUGUCGCUGUUCCGCAGCUUGUCGCCGGUCGCGAGAAGCCCCGACUCGGCUUUCACGCACCGGCAGACGCUGGUGGCACCGGACAUCGUGCCCCGCGAGAAGAAAAUGACCGACCUCCAAUGUUACGGAAGCGGCACGACGCGGCUGCCGAUGAUCUCCAUAGCUGCCUUGUGCGUCAGCAGUGACUCAAGCCCCAGCGGCAGCGUCGACGGCGAAGACGCUCAUCGUGUGCCGUCGGCAGUCACCGAGGCUGCAUCCCGUCCUCGCAAGACCCACACUCCCCCCUGCCAGAUCGAGGGCUGCAAGAACCUCUCCGUCUCCCGAGGCCUCUGCGUCCGUCAUGGCGGCGGCUCCAAGUGCACCGAGCCUGGCUGCAACACGCGCGCCAAGCUCUACCAGCGCUGCUUCCAGCACGGAGGCUACAAGAUGUGCACCGAGCCCGGCUGCACUAAGAAGGCCAAGCGCUACGGCCACUGCUGGUCGCACGGCGGCGGCCACAUCUGCGAGGCCCCCGAGUGCACGAAGGUGUCGACCCAGGGCGGAUUCUGUUGGGCCCACGGCGGCGGCAACCGCUGCAAGCACGAGGGCUGCAACCGUCGCUCGUAUCAGAAGUGCGACUACUUCUGCCUGCGCCAUGCGCCUCGCAGC